AAAUCUAUAACAGCGGCCGAGCCAAUGGCGGUUCCAGUCAGUCGUUUCUGAGUCAUCGUGGAAAGCGGGACAGUUUGAAUAUCUGUGAACCGCGUGUCGCACCGCGUGGUUAUACGCGCUUCGAGGUUAAGUGGGUGAUUUCUCUGAUAAUAGCGGCCAACCAACCGUGAGGCUAAGGGUAGGGUACAUGAUUCAAAGACGACUGUAGAAAAAAAUAAUAGCAGCGUCAAGUAGUGCAUACUGUUAAAAUGGCUGAAAAACCCAAAUCUGAAAAUGGCACAACUACAGAAUUGGAAACGUUCUUGCCGAAGGACAAUUCAGGAAUUAACGGCGUCACAAACAUUCGCGACGAUAAAGAAACCGUGGAGUACAAAGUAACGAAAGACGAUUUCGAAGCUGCCGUUGUCGAUUUCGAUCCGUUCAAGGCCAGGGAAUUGGAACACCCUGUCUCAGACUGCGACACGCUCACGCAUUUACUGAAAGCCUCCCUGGGAACAGGAAUUCUGUCCAUGCCGGCCGCCUUUCAAGCUUCAGGGUUAGCCUUAGGUAUAUUUUCUACAAUACUCGUUUCAGUUAUUUGCACCCAUUGUGCCUACAUUCUCGUGGUGUGCGCUCACGAAUUAUAUAGGCGAGUUGGUAAAACUCAGAUGGGUUUCGCCGAAGUCGCCGAACAAGCCUGCCUGAGGGGACCCAAAUGGGCUAGAAAGUUCGGAGAACCGGCCAGACAAACGGUCCUUAUUGGAAUUUUCGCCACUUACUUUGCGACGUGCAGUUGCUAUUCGGUGAUAGUUGCCAAAAAUAUAAACUACGUGCUCGAACACUACCUCAAACCCGCAGUGGAGGUUACCAAUGCCACCUUAAAUGGUACCGAAAAUGAAGUUUUGGUGGUACCCUACGAAAUUAACAUAAGGCUCACCAUUGCGGUACUGUUAGUGCCUUUAAUCCUGCUGGCCUACGUUCCUAAUCUAAAAUACUUGGCGCCUGUGUCCAUGGUUGCCAAUAUUUGCAUGGCAAUUGGUUUGGGCAUUACCUUUUAUUACUUGGUUAUAGACAUGCCUGCCGUGUCGGAAAGACCCCUGGUGGCCAGCAUCACAACUUUCCCUGUGUUUUUCAGUAUUACCAUUUUUGCCAUAGAAGCUAUUGGAGUGGUUAUGCCGCUGGAAAAUCAUAUGCAGACACCGCAACACUUUACUGGGUUGUGCGGCGUUUUGAAUCAGGGAAUGGCUGGAGUCACUUUGGUGUACAUUCUACUGGGAUUUUUCGGGUAUUUAAAAUACGGUGAAAAGACGAUGGGCUCGAUUACGCUUAAUCUACCUCAGGAAGAAUAUGCCGCGCAAGCAGUCAACAUCCUGAUUGCCAUUGCUGUGUUUUGUACAUUUGGACUUCAAUUUUACGUUUGCCUGGAUAUAGCGUGGAAUGGAAUUAAAGACAGAUUCGUCAAACACAAAACCUUGGCACAGUAUGUCUUGAGAACGAUCAUGGUCAUAGUUUGCGUAUCCCUGGCAAUUGCUGUACCGACUAUUGUUCCAUUUGUGUCUCUCAUUGGCGCCUUCUGCUUCUCGAUCUUAGGUCUGCUCGUGCCAGUUGGCAUAGAAGUUCUAACAUUUUGGGACAAAGGAUUUGGAAAAUAUAACUGGAAGAUUUUGAAGAAUAUAGUGGUUGUUGUGACUGGACUAUUAGCUUUGGUAUUUGGAUCGAAAUCCGCAAUAGAAGAUAUCAUCAACAUGUACAUGACUUAACGAGCUCAGAUUGAUAUGUUUAUUGAUAAGUGUGAAAAAUAAGCAUCAGGUCAUCUAAGUAAUACUUGAGUUUAACCGUCAAACUCUUAGCAUCCUUUUGCAAAAAGGAUCAGACGUUCAAUAAACACGUUACUUUAGCAUUCCCAGGAAAAUAAGGUUUAUCAAAAACAUUGCUAGCCUUUUUUUUAUAAUUUUGCAAAUAGCAAAUUAAUUUAAGACUAGUAAGAACCGAAAAGAUGAUAGGUUAUUCAUAGUGUUGCGCUUUGCUAUAGUUGCAUAAGAUAUUUAUUUUUUUGAUACAUACCUAAAAAAAUUAAUUUACUGAGUGUUUAAAACUGCAACAUUUUCAACCAAAGCACACCAAAGUUAUGUAGGUUUGUACUCCAGUCAUAAAUGAAAUAAGCAUUUUUAUUUAUACAUUUUUGUAUAGACUUAUUUGCAGAAGUAUUGUAACAAUUUUUAUUGUGUCUCUGUGGAUCUUUGGUUAAUAAAUUACUACUAUCGAAGAAGAUAAACGCAACGAGAAUUGUUAAAUAUAUUUAUUAUAGUUAAAUAUACUUAUUUAUGUAAGCAAAUUUUCAAUAUUUUAAAUCUCAUUGUCAGUGUUUCAAUGGAAACAACACAAUAAUUGAAACUUUUGAGCUUUUUCUUUUCUGGCAAUAAGAAAAAAAAUGUAUUUUUAUGUUUUUUUAAUAAAAUCCUA